ACGAGUUUAACAUCGAGCAGUGCGCAUCGAUCCGUUCUACUGAGUGAUCUUUGGACGCGACAUCGAUUUAGUUUCACGUUGGCACAACGAAAUAAAAGCCAGGAAACAUGAACGCCAAGUUGAUCGCGAUCUGCACGAUAAUCGUUCUAAUUGUUUACGUUGAUACCAGCAAUGGGAAGAGAGGAAGAAGCGGAGGUUCAUCGGGAUUGUAUUCGUCCCGCUCGAGAGGCAGUAGUUCGAGUUCAAAUUUCAAGAAAACAGGACAUACAGGAGGUUCACAGCCGGGUAAGAUAGGAUGGAAUGUGCCAGAGAAGAAGCCUACUGCAACUAACGCAGGACCGAAACCGUCCGCUCCUGUUAACGAACACGCGGCUAAAUCCAGCGCGUCGAACGUUCAAUCUGGAUACAAUCCUUCAGGUGGAUAUCCUCGUCAGCAAGCUAAUAAUCCGUAUCAGAGUUCCAACCCUUCGCCUGGUCAAGGCUAUAAUCCUUCACCGGGACAUCCUUACGGCGCUCCACCACCGUAUAGUCCACCGGGUAGUUACAAUCCGGGAGUGGGAGGACACGCUCCUUAUGGAGCACCGCCAGCUUACGGAGCUCCGCCAGUUCACGGAGCUCCGCCAGCGUAUGGAGCACCGAGCUUCGGGCAACCAUCGUACGGACACUCUUAUAGCCCCUCCAUGGGACAGAUGCCACAGCAAACUGUUUUAUUGCAACAAUCGAAGCCUGGCAUUGGACAACUAGCGAAAGAAGCGUUCGUUUUCGCUGGCGUGAGCGCCGGAGUAAAUGCGGCUGUGAACAGAUUGAUACCGGGAGGAAUUUAUGGCACUAGAGGCACCGGCGGCGGCGGCAGCGCCAGCGCAGUUCCUUCUCACACCGAAAUUACAUAUAAUAAUUACUACAAUAAUGGAACUGCUGUUGUACCUGCUCCAAACACCGAGCAGGCUGCAGCGGCCUCAGCUGCCCAACCUGCUCCGGCGGUCCCGGCGGCCCCGGCGGCUGCGGCUCCACCAGCAGGUCAGACCGAAACGUCGCAGGCCAACGCUGGUACCAAUAGUGCACCACCGAGCAACUCGAACUCUCAAGAUCAAUCGGGACAGAACAAUCCUAAUCCAUUGGGAUUCGUUACCUCAAACGAUGAUCUCAAAAAGUUGACAGAAAGUUUAUACGAGAAGGAAACGAACAGCGCUCUUAAAUAUAUAACGAUAAAUUUGCAAGGCCAGAAGAAGGAUGACAGCACUAAUGACGAUGCUGCUGAACCACUGUUAACUGUGAAGGACGAAGCUUAUGAGAUCCCAACAGUAAAAGCUGUACUUGCGUUGCAUGAUAAUUACGAGCUAGACGUGAAAACGAAAGAAGUCGUUACAUCCGAAGAACGUAGAGAGGAAUCGGAACUGAUCGACAAGAUCCUCGAAACCGAAGUGAUGAAGUCGACUAUGAAAUUCUUAGCCAACAAGGGAUACAUUCCGGACGACGAGUACGAAUUUAAAGAUUCGCUGAAACGAAUUUGGUUCUCUCAGUUCAAACGUAUCGAUGGAGACGCGUCCAGUUCCGGAUUCGAGACUGUGUUCCUGGCUGAGAAAUUCGAUUCGGAUAUCAUUGGACUGCACAAUUGGAUCUAUUACGCGAAGCAAGAAUCCGCGAAGAAUCUAAAUUAUCUCGGCUAUAUCAAGGAUCUCAAGUUGGGCGAUAAAGGAGCAGUUCUCAAAAUACGUUCAUCGCUGAAUGACAUAGUGCAGCCGGUUUCAACUCUGUUCGUCGGCACGUCGCCAGAAUUGGAAUUCGCUUUAUACACGAUGUGUUUCUUUACCCGGCCUAACAACCUCUGCCCAGUUUCUUUAGCAGGGCAUGAGUUCUCGAUUAUCGUCAGCCGAAUCAAUUACUUUGGAAAAGAUAUUCUAAUCUCGGGAUAUCCCGACAUCUAAAUGCGUCGGCAAUCGUUAAAUUAGAUAGAAACAUGCAUGUAAGAUUAUAUACUUUUUUAAACAGUACAGAUAGAUUCUUUUAAAUAUGAAGUUAAAUAUUAUUACAUACCGGGACCGUUUUCUUGCGUCGUGUCUCCAAAUCUAUUAGAUCCAAUAGAGGUAUUAUAGAUGGACGUCCGUGCGCGCAUUGUGUAGGAUUCUUCGUCCCGCUUAAUAAUUUCAAAAGCCAUUUGGAUUUUCUCAACGUCAGCGGAGCUCCAAAUUUGAUAGACCCUGAAAUACUCUUUAAAUUAGAUGAUAGCGAGUAUACGUUAUAUAAAAACCAAUGAGAUUGUUACUCUAUUAUUGUUUGCCUCUGAAAUAUAUAUAUCCAUGACUAUUUUUAUUUUA